UUGGUGCGGCCCAUGUUCUCGCCCAACAGAAACCUGAGCCCAUUGCCAUUUCCAGCGUCUCGUCUCGCUGUAUCGUUCGGUCUCCCACCCCUUUCCCCUCUUCGUCGAUCUCACCACCGCGCCGACCCCGAUGGCCUCCGCCGCCUCAUCGGCCGCCGCCGCUGGCAAAUCGCUGUUCCAGGGGUUCCGCAGGUUCCUCAAAAAGCCGUGGGAGAUCACGGGCCCCUGCGCCUCGCCCGAGUACCGCAGCGCGCUGCCUGGCGCGCUCGAGUACCGCGUCAAGUGCCCGGCCACCGUGCGCGACGACCGCGACAAGGCCAUCGUGCCCACAUCCGAUCCGGAGACAGUCUACGACAUCAAGUACUUCACCCGCGACCGCCGCCGGAACCGUCCGCCCGUGCGCCGCACCCUGCUCCGCAAGCCCGACCUCGAGCGCUACAUGGUCACCAAGCAGUUUGACCCCACCAAGGACUUCCCCGUGCCAUACGUCAACACCACUGUCGAGGAGGACGACAACACGGUCGGCGGUGGCUACCAGAAAUGAUCCAGUGGCAGGAGCUUUGCCUAGCAUUCAAGUAGGGGGAAACAUAAUGCUUGAUUAGAAUUGAUAUAUCCGGGCUGCAAAACGAGCUAUUGCUGGCUUGCCACAAAACAUGAAGCAGUUAUCUGGACAUGGUGUGUUUGAUGUCGUGUGCGUUACGUGCAUUAGCUAACUGGACAGGCCUGCAAUGUAAGACAAGGUACCAUUUCAUCAGAAUCAAACACUCCACAUAAUUUGACAUGAUCAAGGCAUUAGUAAUUAGAUGCCCAUAUCUUUAUGGCUUGCAUUAUUGUCUCAUAGAGGGACGUUUCUCUAUUAUUGUUUGUAAUUUGGUAUCUCCGUUUUUUAAUGCUUGAAAUGCAAUUUCUUCAGGUGUAGGGUUUCACAAUAGAGUAGUUAUUUUCUUCAUGAAUGUUUCACUUUACUGUGUACUGAGAAACCUCUAUUAUUGGGGCUUAUGUUUGUGAUUUUAGAUUCGAGACCGGUUGUGAUAAAAAAAAUUAGCUUAUGGCAUUUAUGGAUGACAGAUAUUACCAUACCUUUCAGUAUUAGACAAUAUCUCAAACCUAAGAGGCUAAGACUACUUUGCUUUACUCGUAAAACUCACGCCCCUUGAGCCACUCCCUCAUUCUGUAGAGGCACUUUCUAAGUAGCAAACUUGUGUGAGCUCAAAUUUUGCUCUUCCAUGUUGUGCAAGAAGUUCAAACAAUAUAUGUUUUCUUAAAAUUUGAGUUAUUCAAAUAUAUUGAGACGAGGUGUGUUGAUACUUCCCUACAAAUAAAUGUGUUUCUGUUUGCUGAGGAGUUCAUUUUGAGUCUUCAUCAGCUAUGUUACAGUAUCAAGAGUCUCAAAACUUAUAUGUCAGUAUGCUGAUUCUUAUCUACCAACGAUGAUUCUUCAUAUAGAGGUCAGCUUCCUUGAUGAAUAGUCCAUCACCUGUCUACCGCAAUCAUGGUUAAUAUAUUUCUAGUAGUUCUAGAUGUAUAUACACAAGCUAGAUAACUGGUUCCAGAUGUUUGAACUUUAGCAAUUUAUAUUUCUGAAUUAAGAGAAUUGAAAUGGGGAGAAGUGGAUCUGGAAUCCAUGUGGACUGUGGGCAGAAUUGGACAUGACAAAAAUGGGUUCAAUGGGAUAUGAACUUUACACGAUAUUCACAUAUAGAGUGCUCCUGCUUGCAAGAUGACUAAUGAACUUAUGCUGU